GUUCACCGGGCAGUUACUCCGGAACCGUUGCCUUGACGACACGUGUUCACGCAUGCGCGUAUGCGAUACCGGCUGCACCGCUAUCUCGUCACGAGCACCAGUUGCGUUCGCCACCCUCGCGAACCGUUUACCACUACCACCGCCUUUUCUCCACCUCUACCGGCGUUUCUUCUUCUCUAUUACCAUUUCUCGUUGACACCUUCGUCGUCAUCGUCGCCGUUGACGACGCUGCCGCCUGCUACCACCACCACCACCACCACCACUACCAUUCGCUACCGCUACCACUACCACCGGCGUUCGGUACCAUCGUCCUUGUCGUCGUUGCCGCUUCUCCGUCGGUACAUUGGAGCCUCCCCCUGUGAAUCGAAUACAGCGUCGCCUCGCGCUGCUUCCCCACGGAUAGCAGGAAGAUAGCAGGGGUUAAAGACGGUGGGUGGGACGGAAUGAUAGAGAAACAGGGAGAGGGAAAGAGGGGCAAAGGAAAAGAGAAAGGGAAAGGGAAAGAGAAAGAGAGAGAAAAAGUGUGAGUGAGGGUAGGAGGGAGGAAGGGAGGGUGGAAACAAAGGUGUCGAUCGGAAAAGAAGCAGAAUCCGCGUCAACGGGAGCACGCGUUGUCAUCGGUGAGAACGUUGCUAGUACACGGCGGAUCUAUUAGCACCGGCCGAUGAGCGUUCGCGCAAUUUUCAUUUUUGCCGCUGCUACCACCACCGCUAUCCACGUCGCCAUCUCCAUAUCCACAUCCACAUCUACAUUCACGUCCACCCCCGAACAUCCCCACCUCUGUGUUCGCCACCACGUCCAUUUCCUCCUCCCGCUGUUCGUUCUCCCUCUUCUGCGUUACCACGUUCUCCACCUCUUCUUCUUUCUCCCGUGCGUUUCAAGAUUCGCGUAUCGCGAGCAAGAGUGUACGGUUGUCACGCGUCGAAGGUGCCGGCGAUAAGGCGCGACCGUAUCGCCGUUGGCUCGUCGAUUGACCGGUAUCGACGGCGUUUUUACAUUUUCACGUUUCCACUGGUUCCCUUGCCACAGGUCUUCUGGAACGGAGCGAAGAACCGGCGCUCGCGACUCCCGGGAUUCCGUUUGUCGGCCGAGAAUCGGAAACUUUUACGUAGAUUGACUGGAUCCCCGACGUCGAGUCGACGAGUUGCUUCGUUCCGGACGAGUCCGAUUUUGUGUUGGCGCGAAGCCGAUCGGUUCUGUGUGUGUGUAUGUUUGUGUGUGUGCUUGCACGCGCGCUUUCGCGCGUUCCACGGUACGGUGGUGAAAUUCGAAGAGCUUGGUUCGCGAAGUAACACCGAGGACAUUCAGCUCGCAGAACACGCACCGUGACAAUAUUCUGUGUUGUAAGGUUACCAACGCUAUGCGUACGACUCUCGGUACCCUGGACACCUAUCGACGACGAUGCUUGUCGAGCCAAGCGACCUGACUCGACAUCCUGACUUUCUUUACGAUUACAGGCGCGCCGAUCGAUGAGUUCGUUCUCAUUCGAGAAAACAGAGAGAGACGACGGAGAGCACACGGCGAAGUCUAAAUGCUGAUCGUUUCCGGCACGCGUUAACCGAAACCGAAGGAAGCUUCCGGAGGAGGAAGCGAGAAAGGAACCGAUGGGAAUCGAAACGUGAAAAUGGAAUUCUCUCGUGAUACGCGAACCGGUGACACGACAUCCUCUGUGCGCGCGGCAUUCGUUCUCCGUUUUCGAUUGAAAUAGGCGCACCGAAUGUACGUUGUUCCGACGCGUAACCAAGAACCGAAGGCAAGUGAUGGAAAACCAGUGGCGGUGAUAAACAUCCAAGUAUUGACGAGGUAUCGACACGACGAUCGUUUCCGACAUCGCCUCGUCGCCUCCGGAACGAGAGGCACACCUGGGAAAAUGAAUUGUCGCUUCGCUUCUCAGAGGAGUUGCAUGAUCCGCUUUUUCGCCGGGAAAAACGAGAUCGAUUCAACGGUGUGACGUUGUGUAUUCCCAACCGGUACCUCCGCGCGAUAUUUAAACGGCGCAACAGAAUCUUCGCGGAGUAUGAUCGCGGAAGAGUUGACGAUUUCAUCGAGACAUUGAGUCGUUCGAGCAACGCGCGUAGUAGCAACGAGAAGAGGGUGGCAAUUGCAGGACGCAAGGCGAUCCAAAGGGGUGCACUGAGUUCUCAGAUUGGAUGGUUCCGCGGGGGCUAACCCUUGAGAGGUCGAUUUGGGAGCAGCCAGAGUUGGAGCCGGAGCUGGAGCCGGAGCUGGAGCUGGAGCUGGAACUGGAGCUGGGGCUGGAGCUGGAGCAGCAACGUUUCUACGAUUCUCCGCCACCACGGAUGGACGUGAGCGUGUGCUGCCUGCCCGCUAGUGCCGGCUCGGGGGCCCAGCACCCUCAUCCAGCGAGUUUGCCCCCCGGUGGACAACCGACGAUUCAACCACCCUAUCAGUAUGCCGAUCAGAUAGUUCCGGAUCGGGGUCAGCCCGACGGAUUGCCGGUACUCGGCUGUACCGGUCAAGACAACUGGCAGCAGAUCUCGUCCGCUACAAGCGUCGCCGGUGCUGUCACCGCUAGUACAACUACCUACAUCGAUUACUCUUGGCUGCAGAUGCAGCAGACGUCGGACCUGGACACGUUGCUGUGCAGACAAGACCUCGACCGACUCCAGAAACUCGACGAGGAUGAUCCGCAGAAAGACGCGAGGGAAGCCUCGAUGCAGAUGGAGGACUUCUUCGAGGUCGGCGGGCCGGCGUGUCGACCUCAGGCUAGCUUCGUCUCGUCGAGGAGUCACCCAGCGGGCAACGACGACGACGUGUUCCUCAGGCCGCCGCUAUGGGAGGACAUCACCUCGAGUAUCCAGAAGUUGGACCCGGAGAACGCGGACAUGCUCGGCUCGCAGUCUCACGUCAAAAUGGAGACCGACGAUGUGACGUCGCCGGUCUUGUCGCCGAUCGAGAUUAAGAGCGAGCCGUUGCCACCACCGCCGACAUUGCACCUCCUCGAGGGACCCGUGUCGAAUCCGGUGCAAACGUUCGCGAACGGUCACCAGAACGCUUCGAACGGUCCGCGUGUCGUCCACCAUAGGACCCCUACUCCUGCCUUUAAGACUUUUCCUCCUCCACCUCCGCCACCUCCUCCUCCGCCUCCGCCGAACAAUAACAACAACAAUAGCAGUAGCGUUAACAACAACAACAAUAGCAGCAACAACAACAACAACAACAAUAACAACAGCAGCGUUAACAAUAACAACAGUAGCAGCAAUGGCAGCAGCACCGGGAGCAUCGCGAUUAACAACGGCAGCGGAGCGGAUAGUAACAACGGUAACAACUGCAGCAAUAAUAACACCAGCAGCGGCAACAACAACAACAAUAACAACAACAACGAUUCGACGGCGAAUCAUCAGGUUGGAGGGAACGCGUCGUCGCCGCUGUACGGCUCGAUGACGAGGCUGAUGUACAUAUCUCCGUUGACGCCACCGAUUUCCGACCCCGGCUCGCCGAUCGGUGCUCCGAGGCGGACACCGCCACCGCCGUACCCUCAACCUUCCAUCAUGAAUCCCACUCACAGGAUUCAGCAUUCAGGCAUCACCACGAAAUUCAACAGGCGGAACAAUCCGGAGCUGGAAAAGCGACGCGUUCACCAUUGCGAUUUCAUAGGUUGCACGAAGGUCUACACGAAGAGUUCGCAUCUGAAGGCGCAUCAACGGAUACACACAGGCGAGAAACCGUACCAGUGUCAGUGGCCGGAAUGCGAAUGGCGAUUCGCCAGGAGCGACGAAUUAACUCGUCACUAUCGAAAGCACACCGGCGCGAAACCUUUCAAGUGCGCCGUGUGCGAGCGAUCGUUCGCCAGGAGCGACCACCUCGCCCUCCAUAUGAAGCGACAUCUUCCGAAGCAGCACGCCAAGUGACCGGCCAACCACUCGUCGAACUCUCCGGCUUCGAGCGGCCGUGCCAAGGAUUUUCCAUUCCUUGGAAGUUUCGGCGAACAGGAGAUCGAGGCUCGGCGUCUUCGCGUGUAACGCGUUUACCGUUCGGGUCGUAAACGGUCCCGUUCGCUUCCCGACGUUUCGGCUCGUUUUCCGAUUCGUUUCGCGUCGCGGCGAUCUUGUUGGUAACAGGUCGCCGAUCGUUUCGGCGGAGGUUCGCUUUCGGCGGCGCACGAUUCGCUCGUUGAUACUUGAACGACGCGGAAGAUCGUCGACGAUUAUUAUCGGCGGCCUCUCGAUUCGUUGCUCGCGCCGAUGUCCGACAACGCCCGUUAAGCCAUCCAUGAUCUUCUAAUCGGUCUCGCGGUGAUCCGCGGUUGCGGACGAGCGAUCGUCCGUCCGAUGCAACGAGUCGCGUGGAUAGUUACGAUCGUAGUGGCUGGACCACUAAUGUCCCUCCGAGUCUCGACUCUAUCGGCUCCGCGGUUCUUGCCGAAUAAAGCGCACCGAGACGCAAGGUGAUUCGACCCACGCGGUGAACUUAUCGAAUCUCUAGACUUUAUAGUUCGCUGAACAAAUUCAACGUAAAGUCCGCACGAUUCUGGUAACGAGUUCAGUAAUAAAACCAACUCGCACGCGUGUAUGUACAUCCAACGGACAGGUAUUUAUGGCAGAGCACGUGAAAGUCGGAACGCUAACAGUCGCGGUAGGGUUCCGAACAGUUUCGCGGUUUAACUUGGAAUACUGCUUAUUCGAAUUGGCCUCGAGUCGCGUGGAAUUUCAUGUGAAAAUUCUCCCUUCGCGCGACGAUUCGAUACACGACAGACGGGUGCAUCGAAACCGAAAACGAUUCUCCGCCGAGGGACGAAAUUAACCACGGAACGGGAACGACGAGUAAAGUCGUCGACAUAUUUAUUCGGUCUGAAUACGACGAUCGAAAGUUCCGCACGGUAUUCCCGGAUAUGUUGCCGAAUUGUCGCGUUGCAGUCUGCCACUUUACGCGAUUGAUCGCGCUUUCGCGAGCCACUUGAUCUUUCUUACAUAAUUUUGCGAACGCGAGUGUCCGAACGUCUACGCUUUCGCCGCGUUUUUAACGAUCGCGUGUAUCAAAUUAAAUCUCCGAGUGUUUCGGUAAUGUGGAAUUCACAUUCGAUACCGGUCCCUGCUUGCAUCGCGGGAAGACCGUCCGUUCGUUUUCACUUAGACGAUCGCGCGAAUCUUUCCCGUGAUUAUCAGCGGGAAGGUCCGUCGACGCGCGAGAACGGGACCGUGUCGAAAAGAUGCGCGAAAAGAAUGACUUCGAGAUAGCGGACUGACGUGUGUGCGAGGUACGGUUUACGAUUACCGUCGCGUGUCGCGAGGCCAGCACGCGAAUCGUUCGACGAGCAAUUCGCUUCGGCGGUGAUGCGAGCAACGGCGAAUCUUUAUUUACACGAUCAAAUCGAUUCGUUACUUCUUCCGGUUGCGUUAUGAUUUUCGGGCCAGCUAACUCGUUCAAGGAUCGUUCCGCGCAACCGAGGGUUACUCGUUUCAUUUUGUCUGGUCCGCGUUUACGGUUCAUCAUUCGCGGUUCAUUGUAUUCGUCUUUCUCCUCUGCGCGAUCUUAUACGGGAAGAAGAAUCAAACGGGGAAUAAUACAACGUCGAGCCUUAUGUACAAAUUCGUAUAGCCGCGUAUCGUCAUCGACACACUGACGCGUCGAUGAGAGAGCUAUGUACUUGCGUGCGUAUGUGUGUACGUGUGUAUACGUGUAAAAAAAAUCGAAACAUAUCCAGUGAGUAUGUAGUUAGUGUAAUAUUACCUGUAUAAUAUUCGACUUUAAAAUUUUACCUAUUAUCCUAGUUGGAUCUUUUAAAGAGUAGCGCGUCUCGUAAACAGCGAUAUAGAAGAAAGCUGCGAAUCAAUUUUUCGCCUUGACUUGAAAAAAAGCAAAAUUCUAAUAUUCUUUUGAAAAUCCUAAUUUAAUUUUCCAAUUAUCGCAACACGAUUUAUUACCGUUUCUAAUCUCUCCUUUCUCUUUCUCCAUCCCUCUCUCUUACUCCCUCUUCCUCUCUCCCCUCUCUCUCUCUCACUCUUUUUCUCCGUUUACUGGUCUAUGUAUCUACCUAAGUACCUAUCUAUUUAUUUACCUAUCUAUUUACCUAUCUAUUAAUCUAUCUAUCUAUCUAUCUAUCUAUCUAUCUAUCUAUCUAUCUAUCUAUCUAUCUAUCUACCCACCUAUUUAUCUGUCUAUCUAUUUGUCGUCUGCGAUCGCGUGCUUUUUGUUCUUUCCUUUUUUGUUUUUGCAUUUCGGAGCGAUUCGUGUCGUAAGUAUAAAGCUCGAUGGGUAAUUCAUCUCGAGCGCAACAGGCCAAAAAUUGCAUGCGUGGAUCACGCGUUCUCUGUGCCACGCGUUUUAAUCGACGGAGCGUUAGAAAUAUUUUGUUACGUUAGAGAAAAGUAGAUUAUUUAUCGGUUCAAUAGUCUGUGCUACGACUUAGUGCACCGUUUUAUGCGUUCCGUGGAAAGCCGCGAACCUAUAGAUUCGGUUUAUCCCUUUGUUCGGAACCGGUCGAACUUAAAUCAAUUAUAACGUUGCUCUCUCCGGAAACCGCUUUUGUUUCCGGCAUUCGAUCGAAUCCGAGCAGACCCCGAGAUGGUUUGAAAUCGAUGUGCGUUCAUUCUGUUUGCCCUUUGGAUUCCGAACGAAGCGUUAAACCUUUCGUUUCGUGCACCAGAUUCUGCUAGGCAUCUUUCUUCGACGCACGAUCGAAUCUGGCUAGUGCGCUUGCUACACCGAUAUUAAUCUUAACACAGAUAUACCUCAUUUACGGAAAAUAGAAAAUUGAAUGGAGUUGCGACGAAAUUUUCACGCAUUCUUCCUACACGACUUCCUACACUAUUGUUCAUAAUGUCCAUAAACUUCUGUAACUUGUGUGUUGUGUAAUUUAAAUAUAUGACGAUAUAUACGAGUAUAUACGUAUGAAGUGCUCUCACCGCAAUUCGUUCGAUAUUCAAUUCCAAGGUAUGGCCAUUUUGAACCAUACACGCUAUCGACAUCGUGAUGUGAUGUAAAA